AUGGAAUUGGAAAAUGUAUUGAAAAGGUUUAAAUUGACUGAACAAGAUUUGGCAAUUUUGGAAUCUAAAGUUUACUGGGAACGGAAACUUAUUGCUUUGUUAUUGCAGUAUGUUUACAUAUUUCCAAAUGAUGAAAAUAGUAAGCGGGAAUUCAACGAUUGUGUUAGCAAUGAAAAGGUUCAAGUUACAGGUAAGUAUUUAACCCCUGGAAAGAGAGGGGUUGUUGCUUGUAAGGAUUUUAAACAACCUGGGGAAGUUAUUAUGGAAAUUAAUCCAGUUGCAGUUCCUUCAUCUGAUUCUAUUGAUUGUUUUACCAAAAAUUACCAAAUUGAAGAACUUGAAAAAGUAUUAGAACCUUAUAUUAACAAAGUACAUCCAGGAAGAAAAGAAGAGGAUGAUAUCACAUUUCAACUAGUUAUCCGGGUUUAUCUCACUUAUUUGUAUGAUCCUCAUUACAAAGCCAGAGUGGAUAAUUUGUGUACUCACCAACAUGAACAAAGGCUUGACCCCAUUAGAGAAUACAUAACCCUUCUGCAAUCUCGUCUUGUUCAGAUAUUAACUGACUUCUUAAACAGUCUGACAAUUGGGAAAAGUGUUCUUAAAGAGAAAUCAUUGAUUCAUCUGCAAAGGAAAGGAUGGAAAUUUCUCGAAGCAUUGAUUUGCGUUGUUUUAAUUAACCACAAUAUUUUAUUGGAUCAAGAUAAUGAACCAAUUGGAAUCGGGUUGGAUCCUGAUUUCUCGUUAAUUAAUCACAGUUGUGCUCCUAAUUGUAUCUUGAAACACAAACAAAAUUGGCUGGGGUUUGAACUUGUGAAUACUGUUCCAAUUGUAAAAAAUUCUGAACUUACUGUAACUUAUAUUGAUACUUGUUUUCCCAAAGAACUUCGAAUGUUAGAUUUACGGUCCAGAUAUUUCUUUAACUGUAAAUGUGAAUUAUGUCUGAAGCAAGAGGAUCCAUACUUUAGUUAUUGUUGUCCCUAUUGUCAUGGAGCACUCAAAACAGUCCCUUUUGUACAAUUUUUAAUUAACAACAAUUAUCCACCCCCAACUUGUUUAAGCUGUUCUAAAACCAUCAGUUCUGUGUCCUAUAACAAUACCAACUAUAUUAUUAAGUUUUUCCUUGCCCUGAUUCUUUUUUGUCAUAGAAAGUUUGUGAACGCUGACAGUCCAGAACACAUCUUAUUCUUGACAAAAGAGUUGGAAAUGAAUUGCAAGGCCAAAUUAAAGGAUGUAAUUGAAGGUUUAUUAUUGAACUCAGAUGACUUUACUCUAGAAGAUAGUCAAUUCAAUAUUGUGUACAGAUUGAUAAAUGAGAUCAUUCAAUACAAUGUGUUUCCGGUCUAUGCAUUUCCCAUGAACAGAAUUAUUGGUUCUUUGGAUGAAACAAAAGAAACUAAGGAGUUGACGAUUCUUGGUAUGAGGUUGAAUUUAGGGCUUAUCAAUACUUUACUAGUUACAAUUCCAUCUGAUUUGAGUCAUCAAGAAUCCCAAAAUGGGCUGAUGUUUUUAGAACUUGCUGGAAAGGUUUUGCAUAUCUUACUGGUUGCAAAUGAUGUAAACUACUAUUCUAUUGGUGAUCGCAGAAUGGAUCUUGGAGUGUUAUGUCUAUGUGGUGAAUUCUUCACUAGACAAGUUGGAGUUAAGUCCAAGGAACUAAUUGUUCAACAGUAUUUGGAAGUCUACCAAGAAUUCUCCAAGAAAUGGCCCAUCGAGAACCCUGAACCCCAGGUCAGUCUCACCCAUUACUGUUUACGCCAAUUAUUCGAGUUUGCUAAUAUACUGCAUUUGUUUAUUGAAACAACUACCGAGUUUAGAUUGUACAAUGCCAAAAGAGAGGUAAUUCCGUUAUUCUAUAUAUGAUUAAAAAAAAACACAACUUCUAUACAUCGUUUAAUGCAACACAUACAGCACCCUUAUGGUGACCAUUAUACUGUCUAACAGUUUCACUAUUAGACAAAUCCCACAACCUCACAUAAUGAUCAGAACAAGCAGUCACUAGGUAUGCACUGUCUGCACUGAAUGCACAAUCCCAUACCCAUCGUUGAUGUCCCUGUAAUGUUGUUUCCAAAGUAAAAUUUUGCUCAGUAGACCAAAUUCUAGCUGUAUGGUCUGCUGAACAAGUAGCCAAAUGUUUCAUAUCCGUCAGUAAUAAUACCCGAGUGAUAUAUUUCAGAUGGGAUCGGAACUUAGUAACGGGUGUUAAUGAAGUUAUAUCCUUUUGAUUUUGCAUUUUCCAUACAUAACAAUUCCCCUUGUGAUUCCCAGCCACAAGCAUUGAUCCAUCACUGGCUACAGAUAUGGAAUUUAUAGGCACAUCAUCUUCAGGAAUUAAAUGAUGAGUGCAUUGAUUCUCACCUAGAUCCCAAACACGAAUGUUUCCGUCUUGAUCACAACUUAUAAGUUCACCUUGAUUAGGAUGAAUGACAACUUCAUUCACAGGACAAUUAUGUUUGUAAUUCCUUUGCACAGACGGAGACCUCACAUCCCACACUUUAACCAUUCCAUCUUCCAGAGAUGUAACCAUCCAUUUAUUUUCCGCUUGGAAGGCAAGCGAAGUCACGUUAUUAGUAUGGCCUUCAAAUGUCAUGACGGGAUUAUUAUCACUAUUGCCACCGGAAUUACUUCCACCACCUGUUCCAGCAUUAGCAGCUGAUGUUUGAGCUGCGUUGUUCCCGGUACUCCCACCCUGUCGUAUGUCGUAUAAUCGAACAUAUAAGUUCCCAGCAGCAGCAAGGAAUCGUUUGUCGGAGGUGAUUUCCAAUCGAUUGACCUGGGAGUCUGUAUGUUGGAUUGUUCGGGAACAUACCCCUGUUAAUGCAUCCCAGAAUCUAAUUGUAUGAUCAUAACCUGCUGAUGCUAAUAUAACAGACAUGAUUUUGAUUGAGUGAGUGGAGCAGAUGUAAGAUGUCAAUAUUUGGAAGAAAUGAUAUCAGAAAUAUUAUUACGUUUGUAUUUUUCUGGUGAGUACACUACUUAAUUUUAUUGCACUAUCUAUAUAUAUAUAUCUAUCAACAAGAAUGCUAAUAUGAUAAUGUUACUUAAAAGCCGUUAAUCUUUGUAUAUACUAUGUAAGUUAUUAAAUGUUCAUCUAGUUUGAAGUGAAUGUGGUUUCUCAUCUAUUAAAAAUAUUGAUUGAUAAUCAUUCUUUGUUCAGGGGUUAAACUGACAGGAUAAUCAACCUUAAAUGUUAUUUCCAAAUCACCUCUAGUUCCUGGAGCCUUACUUAUAGGCAUACCUAAUCCUGGGUAUGUUGUGGUGGUGUUUGGUUGAACUGGUUGUGAUCUUGAGAAUGGUAUUCUUCUUCCGUCUAUGGUGGUGACUUCUCGUUCAAAUCCACACAAGGAUUCCUUGAAUGAUAAAGGUAAGUUCAUCUUCAAGUUAUUACCAUCUCUCUUAAAUACAGGAUGAGGCUUUUCUUCAAUCACAAAUUGAAUGGUUUGUCUACCACCGGUUUCUGGUUCAUAAUCACCUUCGUUAGUGAAAUUGAUCUUGGUACCUGCUUUCCAACCAGGUUUAAUAUUUAUAGUAACAAUUGAAGAACCUUGACUACCAUCGGCAUUCUUUCUAUUAAUCUUCAACUUCUUGGUAGCACCAGCAAACAAAUCUUCUAAAGCAACAGGUAAUUGUCUGGUAACUGUGGUUGGCUCAGCUCGAGCGGCUGAUCUUCCACCAAACCCACCAGGCAUACCUCCUCCUCCUCCUCCACUUCUGAAUCCGCCUGCUCCACCAAAUGGACUACCACCAAAUGGACUACCACCGGCACCUCCGGGGAAGCCGCUGGAACUGAAUGUAAAUCCAUCAUCACCCAUGCCGAAUCCACCCAUUUGUGAGAAUAUAUUGAAUGCGUCAGCUUGUGAAAAUCCACCAGAAUGGAAUCCUCCACUUGGCAUACCUCCACCACCGAAUCCUCCGGCUCCUCCGAAUGGAUUACCACCUGCUGGGGCAUUUCCUCGAGCAGCUUCUAACCCGUAGUCAUCAUACACUUGUCUUUUAUCUUCAUUGGAUAAGAUAUCAAAUGCUUCUGAGAUUUCUUUGAAUUUUUCAGUAUCACCAGUUGGUUUAUCUGGAUGGUACUUCAAUGCUGAUUUUCUGUAUGCCUUCUUAAUUUCUUGUUCACUGGCAGUUGGACUGACUCCCAAUAAAUCGUAGAGCUUAGUUUCCUUAACCAUUGUGUGUGAUUAUGCUUAUACUGAAAUGUACUUAAUUGUUGCGAGGGUAAAAGGGGGGUUAAUUGCAAUUGUAAGGGUUAACAAAAAUUGCUAUCUCCUGAAAGAAAUGGGUGAAU